CGCGCCAAAACGUCUAGACGCGCUGCCGCCGCACGGACCAAUCAGCGCGCAGCUCCCCGCCAUCAGGACGGCUGCAAAUUGGGGCCGUGUUUUCGGUGUCUAGACACUCCGCAGCAGUGGAGGCAAAAUCCAGCCCGGUACCGCGUCGCUUUCGUGCCUCCUGUAGUCGGAUUCGAACCCAACAUCCCAGGAUUUUGGCACCCAUCGAUGCCUUAGGAAGUUGUCUGUACGGGUCUGUCGGUGUCCGGUGGAUUGGAGUCCCCGAUCGCGCGCGCGAGCGGAGUUAGUGCGGGGAACGCUGCGGAGACAGAGCGCGAGUCGUCCCCUGCCUGGGUGGGCACCCACCGUGGAAGCGGUAGUCUUGCUCCUGCGACUUGGAAGGUGCGGCGGUUCCCUUCGGUUCGGCUUCGCCGUGUGGCCGCAGUCGUGCCUCGGAUGUCCCUAUGCGUGUUGCUCGGGGUGCUGUGGCCCUCCUGACCGCAUGUUCCGGUCGCGAAGAUCGGGCCUAGUCCGGCGGUUGUGGCGAGCUCGGGUGGCCCGGAGGUCCGGUGGAGAUGGGGAGGGCGAGGACGAGUCGAGCGGGUCCGGCUCCGAAGUCGGCGGCGGCUCCACAUGCCAGGCCUCCGACUCUGCUCACUCCUGUGGCCAAGGAAAACCAGAAGACGACCCCGAGCUCAAAUCGGUGACUUUCUCGGUCCUGAAGAGGCUAAAAGAGCGCCAGCUCGAGUUGUUAGUCCAGACCGUCGAGUCGAGGGGAGGGUUGGAGUCGGGGUGUGUGCACUUCCCUCGGCCCGACGUCAGGAUCGGGCGCAGGACAGUCGCCCCACACGUGCUAACAUGCCUCUUGUGGAGGUGGACAGAUCUACAACAUCCUCACCAACUCAAAACCCUCAUGUGCUGCCAAAGUUACGGACAACAGGACGGAGAUUGCGGCCCAACAGUGUGCUGUAACCCGUACCACUACACCAGGCUCUGCGGACCAGAAAGUCCGCCACCGCCGUAUUCCAGAUUUCCGCUGGAUAGACUCAGGAGCCUCAGUCCAGAAGAAUCUGUUAGUUCUAGUACAGAAACUGGUGCCUCGCCGUCCCUCUACCCCCCUCCCCCUUCAACUUCCGACCUCAGCGACUUGCCUGGACAGUCCAGGAAACGAUUACACUGGUGUUCGAUCGCCUACUGGGAACACAGGACUCGAGUCGGGCGACUUUUCGCCGUGUACGAUGCGAGCGUCAAUAUCUUCCACGAACUACCUCAUGGCGACGGCUUCUGCCUCGGUCUGCUCUCAUCCAGCGAAUCGCACUCCGAAAAUGUGGUCAGAACUCGAAAAAAGAUUGGUUACGGGUUGACGUUGUCGAAAGAACCGGACGGGGUCUGGGCGUACAAUCGGAGCAGCCACGCCAUAUUCGUGAACUCACCCACGCUGGAUAUUCCGAACUCGAGAACGUUGAUCGUGCGCAAGAUUCCCCCCGGAUUCAGCAUCAAGAUUUUCGACUACGGGAGGUCGGAAAUGUUGCAAAGAACUUCGAACCCUGACCUUCUGGACGGCCCCUAUGACCCUAACUCGGUCCGGAUCAGCUUUGCGAAGGGCUGGGGACCUUCCUACUCAAGACAGUUUAUCACGUCCUGCCCAUGCUGGGUAGAAGUCCUACUCAACAUCAAUCGAUGAUAAUUGUAUAGCCCUCUAGAUCUAAUAUAAUAUUUUAUAUACUAUAUAUUAUAUAAAAAGUGUAAAGAAGAAGGGAGCCCUUUUGUAUAUGUAAUUAUUUAUGUAUGGUGCAAUGUUUUCAAAGAAAGAGAGAGAGAAACGCACUUUGCUUACAUAUUGCCUCGAGAAGAGAACCGAACCUACUAGGAAAGAUGAGAGAGAGAAAAAAAGGUUAGUUUUUAUGACGAGAGUUGUACAGAUCAGUUGGUAUAUGCCUGGCCACGUGGCCAGGGACAGUCACAACCAUCCAAACAAUAAAGUCAUGGUUUGUGAGAACGAA